UUAAAAGUCAGCUAACAUCAGUGUAAUUUAUUUUUCUGUGUUAAAAAAAAAUAUCAACAGGAUUGUGAUAAAAAAAAAAAGUUUUCUCAUCGACGUGGGAGGUUAUCCGUCUACUACGCAGCAUCCAAGCAUGUAUUCCUGAUAGUAGUCAUGAUCUAAUUCCAACCGUAGUCUAAAUUCUCCUCUUCUCGACUUAACUCUCAUCUGUAAUCACUCAAAUCAAUAACAUGAUGGCGCGACAAGUGUAUCAUGCCAGUUGUUGGACAUAAAUAUUAAAAAAAAAAAACAUAAAAUGAAGAUUGUUAUCGAACUUAUUGUCGCAAACAGUAUGUGACCACUGGCAUGGUUCAAGUAAUUACAAGGACAGCUGUCAAAUAAUCUACACUAAAGAAGAUCUUGAGCCGACUGUCACGUCAGUCAUAAAAUCAUCACUAUGGCUAAAGAAAUGAUGAUUGUCUUCAUUUACGACACUACAAGGUGUCGUAAAGAAGAGGACGAUCCAGCCGAAGCCGUGAUGUACUUCCACCCAGCUUGGGUCUCUCCAGCCCAACGUCUAGCUCUGGCAGGUCAACUAAUGGGAGCUUAUCAAUUUUUAUCAACAUGUUUUUCAUCUCCAAACUUAAUAACUCUCCAAGGUGGAAAGUUUGUUUUAAAAAAAUUCAGCCACUAUAUUUUAGCAGUUGGUACCGACCGCAAUAUUCAAGAUUGGAUUCUUGAACGACGUGCUAAUUGUCUCGAGUCAAUAUUGAAGUUUUUUCACUGCAACCUUGACACAAUUUCACAGUCAUUUAACAAUGAACGCAAUAAAUUCACCGAAAAACUGUAUCAAAUGUUUGAGACUUAUCUUCCAAUAUUGCAGUACAGCGCAAAUUUGUUCUCCAAUAUGCCGAUGAUUAAAUUGCCUAGCACUGCAAGCAACGUCUUCCUAGAAUCGAUGCAAAUCUUGCAAUACUGCCAAGAAAUGAGUGGAAUUCUCGGCGGAGCAAUGUUUUAUAACAACAAAGUAGUGGCUACUCAAUUAAGCGCUGAGCUGACUAAGCAAUUAGUAAUAACAGAUCCUUAUCGGAUAAAAGCACCAGCUGAUCGAAUACCAACUGACUUUCACCUUCCAGUUGGAGUUCAAUUAUUAAGAGUUUACAUCCAAAGAAAGCCAGUCGAAUUUUCUGAUGAUAACUUUAAAUUUUCUAACACUUCUGGGUCGGUAGAUGUUGUGAAGAAAUACAAAAAGUCUUCCUUGCCGUCCGGCAUGAAGAGAGAUACGUCCCGUAUUUUUACAGUUCCUGAAGAAGGAGAGCCCGAACAUUCCGAAUCACUUAAAGAAUUUUCACAACCUAAGCGUCCGCCGUCAAUUCCACUCGCUAAUUUUGAAAGGAAGGAAUUUAAAGAAUUUAAACCAAGGUAUCCUAAUCCUUUAACACCAAGUGUUUGUUCCACUCCACUGAAAGAUGUUAAUAGAAUUCUCCACGGCAAUGCUGUGUCUAUUUGCAAGGGGACUGAUGAGGAAAAAAUUAUUGAGAAGCCAAAAGAAGUUGCAGUGCAAAAAGAAAACGAUGAUAUUCCUGAUGUUGUUAAAGAAGCGCUGAGAUGCAAGCGGUUUAACAAACUUCGGAGCGCUGCUAGAGAAAAAUUGGAGAAAAAAAAUCGCCAGCCGUGGCAUCGUCGGAGUUCUAGCUUAACAGACUUGGAAAACACCCGAGAUGCUACGGAAAAAUUUGUUAUGAGUAUUAUGUGCAACAUAAGUCAUUCUAAGUCUUCGCUAGAUUCUUCAGAGUUUGAUUGCAAGGCUCAUUAUUUAAACAAAAGGUUGUUUAACACUAUCACAGAUCCUUCGUAUCCAGUUUUUAGAUACGACGGGCGUCCUGUGUCUCAAUCUUUGUACACUCACUAUAUUUCAUCGCAUUAUCAAGAACUAGUUAAAGAACAAAGCACGGAUUUUUUUAGACGUAAAUCACUGAAUAGAAUGCUUGAUUGCGAUAAAAAAAAUCCAAAUGAAAAUCAUAUUGAUGGUUUUGAUUCUGUGAUUCCGGAGCUACCUGAACUGCGAUCUAAUUCUCUAGAUGUAAGAUUGAAUAAUAAAAGUCGCCAGGAGAACUAUCGCAGGUCUAUGAGUUUGCCUCUGAAGAGUCUCAAUGCACCGGCAGACAGUGAUGAUCGGAAAAAAGCAUCCUCCGAGUCGGGAAUGUCUUUUGAUUUACCUAGACGUAAGCUUGAAGGACUUCAGUUGACUCCUUUGAUGUCUAAGCUGAGUUUACUAGCGACUGAUGACCGGACAAGUGGGUUUUGUAGUAAAGAAACUACUCCCAGUGAAUUCUGUGAUUUAUCUACUUUCUCUAGUAAAAUUACUAGGAAUAAAUCGGAACAUAUUAAAGCGGGUCAUGAUGAAGAUGAAGAAGAUUUUUGGCUCAGUGAUAAAGAAGCUAAGGAAGGGAAUUGUGAGAAAGCUGAACUUUUUAUAUGCGGGCAAAAUAAUAUGGUUUUGUUUCUUCUGAUGGAAGAUGGUACUGCUAAUAAUCCUGAAUUAAUCCACAAUCUUUGGAAAACUUCAAUCAACACGCUAGGAAAUUUAGAAUCACGUUUGCAGCACUGUUUAGAUCCUUUGCCAUCAGGCGAACACAAAGAGCUUUACAGUGUGCUCAGUGUUGAUCCCCAGUGGGAUACACUUGAUCGUUCCGGUCUCUGGGGUGUUACAGAGCUAGACAUUGUUUCUUCUCUGUACAAUCGUUUUACAGAGUCCAGCAAUCUCACUGAUAUUAUUGUAAGGACUGACGACACCGUUGUCUAUGGAAGCCAGUGCGGUAAGACUCAAGUUUUUUAUCAGCAAGCCGUAGCGUCCAGUACUUCAGGUGGAUUACCAACACCUGCUGAUCUCAUGGGAGUCGUUCCUCUAAAAGCUAAACGCCGUCUCGAGCGUGAUCAUGGAAUAAUUAUUUUAUAAAAAAAAUCCUUGCCAAUUGCUUAUUUUCUUUGAGAAUUUGCUGCUACAUAAAAUGCCAAUAUUUGCUAUAUUUACAAUCCGUUUAUUAAUCAUCAGGUUGAUUCCUGAGCUAUUUUCUAUGUGUAUUUUUGUAACUGAUCACAUUUUUUCACUUAAUGUAACUUCCUGAGGAAUUAAUCGUCUGUUGAUUAAGAAAUAAUGUAUGUGAUAAAUAACGUCUUGAUAAUUUUUAA